ACCCGGAUCUACCGCUGCAGACAUUUGGCUCCUCCCAUCUCUUUUAUCUUCUUAUAACAGGAUAUCAGACUGGCGCGAAAAGCGCAGAACGUGGCUCUUCAUUGUGGGGCGGUUUCAGCGCCCGGAGUCUGCUUUCACCGGGCUUUUUCCGCUUUUAUUCACCGUCUGAAACCAAAAACAAGUUUAGAAAUCAGUUUUUGCCCUCAAAGCGGACAGUUUGAGCCGCUUCUGUGGAAGAGAUUUUUCCUCUUUUUCUUUCUUUUUUUGGGUGGCAGCUGGAGGACUUUUAAUGUCCUGAAAUCUUGGAUCAUAAAAUUUCGCGGACCUCCCAUUGAUAAAAAUGGAGUUUGAUUGCUACCAGCCUUAUUUUUUCGACGAUUUUGACACAGAGGAGGACUUUUACACGUCGACUGCUCCCAGUGAGGACAUAUGGAAAAAGUUCGAGCUGCUCCCCACGCCUCCCAUGUCUCCCACUCGGACUCUGCAUCUCUCCCCCGGAGACAAACUGAGCUGGCUGUCCAAAGUGUUGGGUCAGGACGAGGACUGCGAGGGCCACUGCCUCCCCGAGACCGGGGAGCUGUUCGGGAACCUGGACGCGCACAUCAUCCGUGACUGCAUGUGGAGCAGCUUCUCCGCCAGCAAGCAGCUGGAGAAGGCGGCGGCGGCGCAGAGCUCCGUGCGCAGCGCCAAGGCGCAGUGCGCAUCCCCGGCGGCGGCGGUGGCCGCGCAGGUCUCCACCGAGUGCGUGGACCCCGCCGCCGUGCUCACCUUCCCCGCCAGCAGCUGCAGGAAGCCGGCGUCGUCUGGGUCCGAGUCGCGCUCUGACUCCUCUGAUGAUGAGGAGGAAAUCGAUGUCGUCACCGUGGAGAGCAAGCAGAGCCGGGUCCGGCUGGUCAGGAAGCCGGUCACCAUCCGGGUCCGGGCAGACCCCUGCCCCAAGCGCUUCCACAUGUCCGUCCACCGGCAGCAGCACAACUACGCCGCCCCGUCUCCAGACAGCGACCCCGAAGAGGAGGAGGAGGAUGAAGAAGAAGAAGAGGAGGAGGAGGAUUCUGAAGAUGAGCCUCAAAGCAAACGUCAGAGGGACUCGCAGCAGCCGGAGCCGCAGUCCGACUCCCCUCAGAACUCUGACGCGGAGGACACGGACCGCAGGCGGAACCACAACUUCCUGGAAAGGAAGAGGAGGAAUGACCUCCGAUCUCGCUUCCUCGCCCUGCGGGACCAGAUUCCCGGCCUGGAGCAAGCCAAGAGCCCCAAGGUGGUCAUCCUGACCCAGGCGGCGGAAUACCUCAUGGAGCUGCAUACCAGGGAGAAGCAGAAACUCCAGGAGAAGAAGCGCCUCAGGUCCCGGCAGCAGCAGCUUCUGCGCAGAUUAUCUGAACUCAAGCGCUCCUAAAGCUGCUCCCCAAAAACUCCUCAACAUACUCGACACUUUUGGACUUUCUGAUCCUUUCACGGCGCACACGCCGGGUGUGUAUUGCUGUUGUGGUGGCAGUGGGGUUCCUGUGAAUCUGCUGUCCAGCCCUGUGAACCUCAACGGGGAGGGGCAGAUCAUCCUUUCAGCUUCUUCUUGCACAUUUUUUAAAGUUGUGGAAAGGGGUUUCGACUGAUAUAUUUUUUUUGUUUGUUUACCAGUGUGAUCGUGUGCGUUUGCAGCUUUCAGGGACAUUAGGUUUUCAUCAUUACACAUCAGGUUUGAAGCGAAUGCCUUUCUGUCUUGAGGCAAUACAGAUGACUUCAUGUACAAAGAUGUAAAUAAUAGCUUAUUUCUCCUGGUGAAGGAGGUGGCACCAAGAAUUUAAUGAGCCUUUGACCCGUGCCACUUUGCAUUUAUUUUGGUAUAAAACUUUUUUUUUUAAAAUGACCAAAAAAAUAUUGAAAAGAAUCACUGUUGUUACUAAAAUUCACAAGUCACUUUGUCAUUUGUUUGCAGAUUUUUGUAAGCAUGCUAACAUCAUUAAAUUUUUAUACCAGAUUUGAACAUAAA